AUGAAACCCACCAGGCCACCGAAAGUGCUUCUGCGCCGAUGCCAUAGUAGUUUGAGCUCCGCUGUUGACCUGAUAAGCAUCGGUGACAAGUGGAAAACUAAAGUAUUGGAAGGACCAACAAUUUUAAACGACAAGGGCGCAGAAAAAAAAAUGUACAUUUUAUCGAUGUUCCCUUACCCAUCUGGAAUUCUUCACAUCGGUCACUUACGUGUUUACACUAUUACAGAUGCUUUGAAUAGAUUUUACAAGUUGAAUGGCUUCAAUGUUGUCCAUCCUAUGGGUUGGGACGCAUUUGGACUUCCUGCGGAAAAUGCGGCAAUUGAAAGAAAGGUGAACCCUGCAACUUGGACGAUGCAAAAUAUAAGUAAAAUGAGAGUACAGCUGGAUAAUAUGCUAGCUGAUUUAGAUUGGGACCGCGAGGUUACAACGUGCAAUCCCGACUAUUACAAGCAUACGCAAAAGCUUUUUUUGGAGCUCUUCAAACACGGGCUUGCUUAUCAGAAGGACGCAGAAAUAAACUGGGACCCAAUCGAUCAAACCGUUCUUGCAAACGAGCAAGUUGACUCACAAGGCAGAUCCUGGAGAUCUGGUGCGUUGGUGGAAAAGCGGCAAUUAAAUCAAUGGUUCCUAGGUAUAACCAAGUUUGCACAUUCUCUUCAAGAAGACUUGAACCUCUUGAAAGAUUGGCCACAAAACGUCAAAACUAUGCAGAAGAACUGGAUUGGGGAGUCAUAUGGCACUGAAAUAAACUUCCCUUGCUCAACUGGUCGCGUAAUCAAGGUUUUUACAACUAGAGCCGAGACUAUUUUCAGUGCACAAUAUCUGGCGCUAUCGUUGGAUCACCCUAUUACCAAGGAAGUCGCGUCUAUUGAUGAUGACUUAAGACAAUUUUUGGACAUGGCUAAAAGCUUACCAGACGACUCUAAAAUAGGAUUUUUACUCAAGGGAAUCAAAGCAAAAAACCCUAUCUUGAAAACUACAGAGGAAACACUGCCAGUGUUUGUUGCCCCAUACGUCUUAGGAAGUUAUGGCCAUGGCGCAGUUAUGGGGUGUCCCGCACAUGAUGAGCGCGACUACAAGUUCUGGAAGCACAACAUGCCUGAAAAAGAUGUCUGCCCCAGUGUAAUACCCCUUGAAUCGAAUGUUGCAACUGACUUAGCUUUGCCUUACGUUCAGAAAUCAGGUAUCCUAAAUUCAUCUACUGCUCAAUUUGCAGGUUUGGAAAUAGAUCGCGCCAGAGCCAAGAUAAUUGAAGAGCUAGAGUCAUUAGAUGCGGGGAAGCAUACAGUUACUUACAAGGUCAGAGACUGGCUUGUUAGUAGACAGAGGUACUGGGGCGCUCCAAUCCCAAUUAUCCAUUGUGAAUCAUGCGGCCCAGUUGCAGUACCUGACGACCAGCUUCCUGUGAAACUACCUAAUAUUGAGGGCCUCGCUACAAAAGGAAACCCUUUGAGAGGGAUAGAUGAAUUUGUAAACACAAAGUGUCCUUCCUGCGGAUCACCUGCUAAACGAGAAACUGAUACGAUGGAUACAUUUAUGGAUAGCUCGUGGUAUUUCUUCCGGUACACGGAUCCGAAGAAUGAAAAACAGCCUUUCUCUCAUGAAGCAGCUUCAAAAUACUUACCCGUGGAUAUCUACAUUGGCGGCAUAGAACACGCCAUUUUGCAUCUACUAUACUCGAGGUUUAUUUCCAAAUUUCUCGCUUCUAUAGGAAAGUGGGACGGUAAUGAAGUUAAAGGUGAGCCAUUCAAAAGAUUAGUCACUCAAGGAAUGGUCCAUGGAAGAACAAUGGUUGAUUCGCAAACAGGUCGCUUUCUUAAAUCAGAGGAGUUGGAUUUCGGCGAUCCUUUAAACCCAGUAAUAAAAGCUACAGGAAUGAAGCCUUUGGUUUCCUUUGAAAAAAUGUCCAAGUCCAAGUACAACGGCGCGGAUCCCGACAAAUGCAUUUCUGACCACGGACCUGAUGCCACGCGAGCUCAUGUUUUGUUCCAAGCGCCAGUUAACGACGUAUUAAGCUGGGACGAGUCUAAGAUCAUUGGAAUUGAGCGCUGGUUAACGAGGAUUAUUACCUUAGCAAUCCGUAUAACGAAGCAGGCACCAGACUACAACGAGCACUUUGCUGCAUCUACUGCGAUGACUGGAAAGGAGAUCAGUUUUCAUAAUGAGGUCCAGAAGCUUUUACAGGCCAUAACGGAUUCUUUUAGCGAGAGUUUGUCGCUCAACACCGUCAUUUCGGAUUACAUGAAGCUCACAAACGCUAUCGAAGCGGCUUUAAAAUCAAGAGAAAUAAGGACGGACUUAGUACUGCACUCAUUUAAAGAUUUGAUAACUGCAAUUUAUCCUGUAACUCCUACCAUAUCAGAGGAAGCGCGUGAGAUUCUAAAUGUUAACCUGAAUUUGAAAUGGAAUCUUUAUCAAUGGCCGAAACCCCAACUUCUUCAGGAGCAGCAGCUCGUAAAGUACCAAGUGGUCGUAAAUGGCAAAAUGCGAUUCACUUAUGUUGCCGACAAGUCAUUUAUUGACAACCGUGAUUCUGCUAUCAAAAUUUUACUCAACUCGUCGGACGGUCAGAGAUACCUCGCUGGUAAGACAAUCAAAAACACAAUCAUGAAAAAAAAAGUGAUUAGUUUUGUCGUAACAUAA